AUGCCGUCUUUCUUCGCCCCAGGCCAUCAUGGCCUGCCUACGCCUCCUCACGUCACCAGUGGUGGUCGCAUGGAGGAGCCGUCGUUCUACCCGGUCGGUCAUGCGGGAUUUCCUCCCCGCUACCACCAGAGCGGCUGUGACUUCAUCGAACAGUACUCGCAGUCGGUGUGCUAUGCUAAGCCGGCGCCCAUGAACCUGCACACCCAGUCGGCACACCUGCUCCGCUCGGGCAGGGAUAUUAACACCUUGGGCCAGCCCAUGUACGGCCCGAUGACCACUCUUCCUCCGAUCCGGACCAAUAGCGCCAUCCCGCCCCAGUACCGCCGACAGGAGAUUCCCCCGAUGCAGGAGCAGCCGCGCAAGGAAGAGAAGGCGACCGGAGGUGUAGCCGCCCAUCUAGAUUACGAGAUGGACCGCAUGUCCGACUUCGUGGCAGAAAUGGCCCAGGGAAUGUAUGAUUUGUACACGACCAAGAUCACCCUUGCAGAUAUUGACUUCGCGCGAAGCAUCUACCCAGGAUCUUCGGUUCCCCCCCAGUUUCGGAAAUACGUCUACCAGAUCCUGUCUUCAACCCGCCUGCCGAGCUCCACCAUCCUCUUGGGCCUCUUCUAUUUGUCCAGCCGGAUGCGCAUGCUGUCGGCCCAACGGGUCUUCCAGACGGGCAGUGGCCAGGUCUACCGCAUGUUGACGGUGGCGCUCUUGCUGGGAAGCAAGUUCCUGGAUGACAACACCUUCCAGAACAAGUCGUGGUCCGAGGUUAGCAACAUUCCCGUCGCCGAGCUGAACCGCAUGGAACUGGAGUGGUUGUUCGCCUUUGAGUGGAGGAUCCAUGACCGCAUCUAUGAUCAGCAAGAUGGAUUUGCCUCGUGGCGCGCUCACUGGAAGAACUGGCGAGCCAAGGCCACUGCGCGCGCUCAAGAGUCUCGUCAGACUUUGGCGCCCCUUGACACCAAUAUCGUUCGCAGCCACAGCGUCUCUAAGCCGCUCAUGUCUCCCGAGGGCCCCAUUCCGCCACAGUACCAGCGCGGCUCUCACAUCGAAAACUCGUGGCUCAACCCGACCGCGUCCGAGUACUCGCCUCCGUCGGCACCCCACAGCGGGCCCAAUACUCCCGAUUACUAUUCGGUUGGGCCCUGGGCGUACUCGAACCCGCCGCCGCCGUAUUCCCGGGCAUGGGUUGCACCUCCACCGCAAUACAUGCCGCCGGCGCCGCGGUCUCAGCCCCCGUCCUACCAUCACACUCCCGCGUACGGCUUGCCCUUCGCGCAGAGCGUCUGGACAGGUCACGGUUCUUCGUGUGGCUGCAUGUAUUGUGCCAAGCAUCUUGAGCACUACAUGUGCAAUACCGCCUUCCCUUCUCUGCAACCGAUUCUUGCAGGCUAG